AAUUGAAAACGACCCAAACACCAGAGCCACGGGCAUGAUGGCUAAGAAGCCCCCGAAGCCAGCGCCCCGCAGGAUCUUCCAGGAGAGGUUAAAGAUCACCGCUCUGCCCCUGUACUUUGAAGGGUUUUUGUUAGUCAAACGGUCUGAUUACCAGGAGUACAAGCACUACUGGACAGAGUUGAGAGGAACCACGCUCUUCUUUUAUAGCGACAGGAAAAGCACAAUAUAUGUUGGCAAGUUAGACAUAAUAGACCUUGUAUGCCUUACUGACCAAAAUUCAACUGAGAAGAGCUGUGCAAAAUUCACUCUUGUUCUGCCUAAAGAGGAAGUGCAGCUGAAGACAGAAAACACGGAAAGUGGGGAAGAAUGGAGGGGCUUCAUUCUUACAGUAACAGAGCUGUCUGUUCCUCAACACGUGUCACUUCUACCGGGGCAAGUGAUUAGACUACAUGAAGUCUUAGAGAGAGAAAAGAAAAGAAGGCUUGAGACAGAGCGGUUGCCAGUUAUGCCUGCGGAGAAAGAGAAGGAGCCAGAGCAAGAUGAUGUGGAUGUACCGAACCCAAUGCCAGCAUGUUUUUAUGCAGUUUCCCGGAAAGAAGCAACCGAGAUGCUGGAGAAGAAUCCUUCUUUGGGAAAUAUGAUCCUGAGGCCUGGCAGUGACAGUAAAAACUACUCCAUCACUAUCCGACAGGAGAUAGAAAUGCCAAGAAUCAAACACUACAAAGUGAUGAGCGCUGGAAAGAACUACACCAUAGACCUGGAAAAACCCGUAACACUCCCAAACCUUUUCAGCGUCGUUGACUAUUUUGUGAAGGAGACGCGAGGGAAUCUGAGACCAUUCAUACAUUCAAUGGAUGACAGUCUCGGUCAAGAGCCCAACACAGAAGAGAUAAGUGAGAAGCUGAAGAAAAAUCCACAUAAGGCAUGAAAUAACGUGAAAACUGCCUCCAUAGGUCUUGGUAUUUAUUGUUUUCAAAAGGAAGAUUUUCACUUUAAAAGACAAUUAUCUCUGACCCUAAAUCACUUGUUUGGGAACAAGAAUAAAAUAAUGUAGCAUACAAUUUCAUUGUUUUAUCAGUAGGAAAUCAAUUUACUGGUUACCACAGCUGUCUGUACAGUAACUUGACACAUGCAUUUCUCUGUACUAAGUGGGGAAAAAUUACUUUCUACAGCCAGGUUUUUGUUCCUCCUUGGCUUCAUUUAAAUACAUUUCACAUGUACAAUUUGCAUUGCAGAUUAUCUAGUUCCCCUAAAUCCUACAUUAUCUUCUAAACCCUAACUAGGUUUUUGGUAAAAUCUGAUUGGACAAAUGAAUCAAAUGUAAGUCAUUUAAAUGAUCUGGUUGGCGGCCACAGACAUGAAGUAGGAAAUGUCCACCUGGUAGAAAUGCUAUAUGCUUCAUAUUAUGUUCAUGGAACUAACUGCAAUUUAUUUUUAUGUUUUUCCUUGAAGUUAUCAUUCUACUAGCUCAAAACUAAGCUGUGUAUCAUUAAAGGAUAAUAAAAUAAACACUUUCAAAUUUAA